AAUUAAGAAAAAACAAAAACAAAACAAAAAUAAGUCCGUUAGCAUGAACUAGAAUAUAAAAUGUAUACUUUUUUAAAUUAAAACAUCAAGGGCUACUUCCUGACUUUUUCUCUUAGGGGCUCGUAAUCAUAGCCGAAAAAAAUGGCAGUGAGUUUAAAAACAAAAAGUCAUUCCACGUAGAAUAGGAUGUGCCACAAAGCCCCUGGGCUGAUCGCAGCCUGAAAAUAAUUGCAGAAAAGAAAGAGCAAGGUGUCGUACAUGGUCUUGGAUGUGAGGGUUGUGGUAUGGCACCUUGAGGUGGCUUUCUGGCCAGAUGCUUGGGCAUCUGUGAUGGCAAAAAACAAGGGACAUCUGUCCUUGGCAAGUGAUUAAUAUCUCAGGAUUGACCCCCCCCCCCAGAUUUGCCUGGGUUGGAAAAAUAUUUGAAGAGACACGGGGCUCUCAUUUAAGUGUAUUUCAUUUUUUUUAUUAUUUUACUCUGUGAUUAUGUGCACCUACCAAGUGCCAGGUUCUGCGCUAAGCAUUCAUGAGACAAGGAUAGAAGACACAGCUCUGUGGUAGAGGAGAGACCGUGAAAUAAAUAAUAAUAGGGGAUAAGAGGAGAACAGAGGCGUUUAGCUUGGUGAUCCCAAGGAGAAAGGGCAGGGAGGGAAGGCUUCAGGAGAAGAGAGAUGGUAACGCCCGGCCCCCCAUCCAGAACUUUCUGAUUGCCACUCACUUUGCACCACAUCCACCAGAGCUAAUGUCUUGUAGGAGUUGGCGUGGGCCACAGGGCUGUUCCGUAGCUUAUAUUGACUUUCAGUUUUACUAUGUGCUCCUAUUUGUGAUCUGUAAUGAACGUCCUGAAGAUAAACCGUCGGUUUUUUUUUUUUCCUUCUGCACCUUUGCAGAAUGCACCCUGGAUUGUUGCACGGAAGUAUUUAUGUUUUAGUAGAUUUACAUAACAUGGGACUUAAAAAAGACUUUUUUGAGGCAUCCAGUAAUUUAAAUGUACCUCGUAAUUUAAAAAUCCAUCUUCAAGGAAUCUCAAAAUACCUUCAUUACUGUUGUACUCCCGAGCAAUUCAGUGAUGACUUUUGCAACCGUGUGCCUUGCCAGGAAUAAUCUUUUGCUCUUGGAGGCCUGUUGACUCUUUUGUGGGAGUCAUUUAUUUUGUCGAUGCUCACUAAAGACAGGCUUGUAAAGUUGGGGCGUGGGUGAUAACACUGGCCUUUGGCCUUACUAUGAUGAAGGCCUUCUGCUUUCCUUCCCUUAUACAUUUCAUCGAAUUUAGGCGUCUUUUAAACCGUGCCAAAUGUGGGGGGAAGGUCCACUUUAAGGACAAGUUUGCAUUAGAUCUUCCACCAGUGAACCGUCUGCGUGGAUACGGGUCCUGCAUUUCCGAUAUUCGGGACCCGCAGUCAGAAUUCUGCAGUGUUUUGCUCUAGUCGGGCCUCCGUAUCCACGUUUUCACAUCUGUCGUAUCGCAGCCUUGACUUCCCUCUGCCUUCGCUCUACUGCUACUCUCUGUGUUGGACGUAUUCUCCUUCAGAGCUGACCACCAGAGGCAGCAGCUGGGAGCUGGCCUGCUGGCCUCUGGGAAACAGCCCCCUUCCAUUUUUCUCCUGUCUUGAAUUGUUUCUUUCCAGGCUCCUUCUUUUCUGCCCACCUGUUAAGUAGGUAUCCCAAAAGUUCUGUGCUUCAUCAGCUUCUCUGACACCUGCUUUCCACUGGUUGGUCGGUCCAUUGCCACAGACUUAGCUACUACUUUUGGGUCCCCGCGUGUCCCCUGCUCCAGUCCUAGCAGCCUCCUGGGCUCCUUGUGCCUCAGGGCCCUGGCUGCCCCCUCUGCCUGGAAUGUGCCUCCCCCAGUAGACCCCUGGCUAGCUCCCCUGCUGCCUUCAGAUGUCUCCAGCCGCCAUGGUAGCGGGACAUUUCUGAGACUAUAGUCUCCCCUCACUGGAAUGUAGACGCUGAGGUCAGACAUUUUUCCCUUCACCCACAGAGCCUAGAAUAGAACUUGGUUCGUAGAAAGUGCUCUGCCAGUACUUGAGAAUGAAUGAAUGAAUAAUGAAUGAAUGAAUACUAUCAUGGGGGCUUGACAGUGCAGGUAGGGGUACUCCUGGAGCUCUGCCCCAGCCAGCCGAGUGGUUUUUGUGAAGCCCCUUACCUGAGCGGGCCUGUUUCCCGUUCUGAAGGGGGGGGGGGGCGCUACCAGAUGGCCCUGAGGCCAUUUGACAUGCGAACACCCUGUCAGACCUUGGGUAGACUCAGACUCGGGAUGUUCAGGGCAGCAGUUCCAGAAAUGAGAUGACGUCCUGUCAGCCUUUAUUUAUGUGACUUCUCACAACUCAGCGUGCAGAUUCUUCUAUAUAAUGGCCGCCCGUGGUUAAAUGUCUCCUUAAAAGCGUAGCUGAGGUGAGCAAAAAACCCUUCGCCUCUAAGUGAAGUGUGUGAGAACUAACACAUUUUGGUGUACCUACCUGUUUGUUAUCUGUUUUUUUUUUUUUUAAUUCAUGCGCCCAUUUUUAAAAGAACCAUCAUUUUCCAUUGCUAUAUAUAUCUAGUAGCCUGCCUAUUUCUGUCAAAUAAAAAAGCAAUAGCAGUUUUUUCUCUAUUUUCAGAUAUUACAUGCUGCAGAGAGUAGCUUAAGGUAGAAAGGAUUCCCUGUGACUUCUGCCUACCGUCCAUAAAAUACUCAUUCCUCUUUCAACUCUGCCUGCAGUCGAACACAAAGACCUGGAGGAGACUCCCACGUCGUUCGGGGAGAAGAAAGGAGGCGGCCGGGCGCAGCAGAGGAACUCGUGGCUCGUGGCCUUCCGGAGAGGGGGGGCGAGCGGAUCGGAGGCGGGGGGCGCGGGGGGCGGUCGGCGAGCCGUGAGAUGAGGCGCCGCCGCCGCUGCUGCUGCCGCUGCUGCUGACGACACCCAGACCCCAGGCUCCGUGCGCCGCCCUGCGUGCUUCAUGUACAUGUGUCUGCCCCGCGCACCCGGAGGCGCCCAGACGAGAAUCCAACACGGCUGCCGGGGAGAGGCCACCCACCAUGCCCACGGAGACGCUCCCGACAGGUAGCAUGGUGAAGCCGGUCAGCCCCGCGGGCACCUUCACCUCGGCCGUGCCCCUGCGCAUCCUCAACAAAGGCCCCGACUACUUCCGCAGGCAGGCCGAGCCCAACCCCAAGAGACUCAGCGCCGUGGAGAGGCUGGAGGCCGACAAGGCCAAGUACGUCAAGAGCCAGGAGGUCAUCAACGCCAAGCAGGAGCCCGUGAAGCCGGCCGUGCUGGCCAAGCCGCCCGUGUGCCCCGCCGCCAAGCGCGCCCUGGGCAGCCCGACGCUCCGCGUGUUCGGCGGCCACGCCAAGACCGAGAGCGGCGUGCAGAGGGAGACCCUGAAGCUCGAGAUCCUGAAGAACAUCAUCAACAGCUCGGAGGGCUCCAGCUCGGGCUCGGGGCACAAGCACAGCGCCCGGAACUGGCCGCCCCACCGGCCGGACUCCGCCGACCUGCAGCGGCACUCGUUCGCCGAGUCCCUGAAGGUGUACCCCACGCAGGGCCGCGGCAGCCCGCAGGAGGGCGGCUCCCACGGGGGCCGGCGGCUGCUGGAGCCGGCGGCCGAGUCCUUCCUCCACGUCUCGCACAGCUCCUCGGACAUCCGCAGGGUGACCAGCGCGAAGCCCUUGAAAGCGAUCCCCUGCAGCAGCUCCGCGCCCCCCCUGCCUCCCAAGCCCAAGGUCGCGGCCGCGGCCACUGCGAAGUCCCCCGAGGCCGACGCGGUGGAACCGGCCUGCGGCGUCAGCCGGAGGCCCUCGCUCCAGCGGUCCAAGUCGGACUUGAGCGACCGGUAUUUCCGGGUGGACGCGGACGUGGAGAGGUUCUUCAACUACUGCGGACUGGACCCCGAGGAGCUGGAGAACCUCGGCAUGGAAAACUUUGCCCGGGCCAACUCCGACAUCAUAUCCCUCAACUUCCGCAGCGCAAGCAUGAUCAGCUCAGACUGCGAACAGUCUCAGGACAGUAACAGUGACCUUAGGAAUGACGACAGUGCCAAUGACCGGGUGCCAUACGGCAUCUCUGCCAUUGAAAGAAACGCGAGGAUCAUCAAGUGGUUGUAUAGCAUCAAACAAGCCAGAGAGUCACAGAAGGUCUCCCACGUGUAAGACAGAAAGGCCUGCGAAGGAGGGAGGGGUGGGUCUCUGUCUGUGCAUCCGCAGUCGUGAAGGGUGUGAGGUCUCCUUGAAGUGUUGUGAGCUUCUCCACUCUCUUUGUGUUGCUUGUUGUGCAAUGUUUCCAAGUUGCAUGCCUGUCAACAUGGGGACCGACCCGGCUUCCACGUCCACCAUCGCUGCAGAGCCCGGCUGAACGCACGUCACCUGCCAAGAGUUUGCGGCCAGAAUCCAGAAUCCAACUAGGGCUUCGAUCUUUUGAGCAAAACUGUUUACACGAAAAACGGUAGACAACUUCUUCGAUAUUUAUGUGGUUCUUGUGUUUUUCUAUCCCGCGCUAUUGUGUCUUAAAAAUCUUAUCCACUGGCUUUUAAGUUGAGAGGAGAACCGUUUCGAAGUAAAAAGCCAACUUGCCUACACGCGAGACCCAAACAGUGGGGAAGGAAAUGGGAUCUGCUACCAAACGGAUAACAGUGACUGACCUGAGUGAGAGAACCAGGCUGGGUUUUAUGAGGAAGAAAAGCGGUGAGCCUGAUGUUAAGCGUUCGCGUAUUGGAAUUCUCCUGCCACUCGUUAAAGUAAUGGGGCAACCGUGCUACGUUCUGUGUCCGACUCCGUGUGUAAAAUGUUGGUGCUUCUGUGUAAUACUGACCCCGAGGAAAGACAAUCAGAUACAACGAGGGCGAUUAAAUCUAGGAGUCCGGGGGUUGGGGGUUUUGUUGAUGUUCUGAUUUGGGUUGAUUCCAAAAUUCCUACUAUUAAUCUUUUGACGGGAAUGGCCAUCCUAAAGCUGAUACUAAAUGUCUUAAAAAACAAAACAAAACAAAAAGGUUUUUGAUCAAGAACUGAUUCUGUGCUGAUUCUCUUCCCUCUCUCCUCCCCUUCCUGCGUUGUUGUUUUAUUUGGGAGAGGGGGGUGGGGCUUGUGCAGGUUUGAGUUCUCUGAAGACAUAAACACAAAUGGAAAUACCAGCCAUAUCAGUAUAGAGCCUCCCAUGCAGAAGUGAAUACCUUCCGUAGCUGAACCAUAUCCGAGCAGUGCGAUUGUGUUGUCUUGCCUAUGUUAUUCUCUCAGGCUGUGGACCUUUGUUACAGCUCUAGGAAACUGUAGAGACAUGAUGCCAUGUAGCUUCCCGCCCCCCCCCCCCCCCCCCCCCCCCCCCCCUUGGUCUCUAGUGCUGCCUAUCAACUUGUUCCCCGUUUUCCCCAGUAACCUGUCCCGCAGGUGAUUAGUUAGCUGUGGACCAGCUGAUAGUCGCGGUGCGGUCGCAGAGAGGUAAACGUGUGGCAGUCUGCUUCAUUGCUCUGUACUCAUGCCCCGAAGUUCUCAGCAGCAGUACCUUAGACUUCAUCGGCUAAUGGGAAACUUUUUAUGGUGUAAAUGCUGUAAGACUUUGUACAUACUUCAGUUGUUAUGAAAUCUUUAAGAAACAAAAAAAAGUUACGCUAAUAAAUAGCUCUGGUGCAGGCACUAAUGGUGGUGGUUUCUCUUUG